AUGGAAAUUGACAUGGACCCAAUCAAACUUAAAAGUAAGCCUGCGCCAUUCUUCCGAAUGGAAGACUUGAGUAAGGUGAAUGUCACCAAUCAGAUAGAAGCGGACCCAUACGCACAAACAGAGCGAUCAACUACCAGCACUUCUACUAACCAGUCCACAACGAAACCUCCGCCAUCAACCACGACAUUCCCAGCCACCAACCCGCCACCCAAGAAGACUGCAACCACAGCGAUGACCCCAAGGCCUACAAUUACACCCCCUGCCGUGACCAGGCCGCCUGUGGUUAUACCAUCUUACGUGCAGAGCAUCUCUAAAGCAAAAUCACUGGAUCCCAUUGAACUUCACAUAACAACCAUAACCACACCUACUACUACCCCGGCGACACAGCCAAGGAUAACAACAACCCCUGUUCGCACUACAACCGUACGUCCUACGACGAAAAUCACUGCCCCUUCAUAUACCAUAACCACUACAACGUCCACCACAACCGCACCUACAACACCGACCACGACUGCGUCUCGGAAUGUUCCCUCUCCAGCGCCAACUACCACCACACUGCGGACCGUUCCUUCCACAACCCCCUUCAUCACCUCAACCAAAUCAACAAUUACUAUCCCCGCAAGCAUGGCUACAGUCUUGCAGACCAUCCCCACCCCCAUCAAGCCUAUUAUAAGUUACGAGAAACUAAUUCCACUACCUCCUUCAGUUUACAACAAUUUACCUCCACACAGGCACAUCAAACGGACCAACAAUCUCCUCACAUCGCCAACAAGCGACGAUCACUUUGAUCCCAUCACAAUACGGCGAUUUGUACUUAGCAAAGAUGGUAUAAAGCCAAACCCGGAAAAGACCAAAGCAAUCGACGAUUACCCAACUCCAAAGAACCCCACUGAAAUCAAAGCGUUCUUAGGCAUGUGCUCUUUCUUCCGCCGAUUUGUGCACAACUUCGCCGCCAUCGCUGCACCCCUAACCGGCCUGACUAAGAAAGACACGCCUUUCAUAUGGACGAUCGAAUGUGAAAACGCUAUGAAACGGCUCAAGGAAGCACUCACUACCGCUCCAAUACUUGUGGCCCCCAGGCUAGGAUUGCCUUUCGUCAUUGAGACCGAUAGCUCCGGGAAAGCAGUAGCUGGAGUUCUGAAACAAGAACAAGAUAACGACCUGAAAGUAAUCGCUUAUGCCAGUCGAACUCUCAAUGUGCAUGAAUCUCGCUACCCCGCCAUCGAGUUAGAAGCGCUUGGAGUGGUAUUUGCAGUGCAAAAGUUUCGCCCUUACAUCGACGGCGCAAAGUGCACUGUAAUUACAGACCAUGCUCCCCUCAAAGCUCUUCUACAUCGAAAAGAUCUAACCGGAAGACUAGCGAAAUAUCAGAUAAUCCUACAGGAAUUCGACAUAACCAUUAUGUACAGACCAGGAAAAGCGAAUGUCGUUUGCGACACUCUCUCCAGACAUCCUCCGCAAGUAAAUGCGGUACCCACCGAAAGCAAUAACAACAUUGACCUUUCGUCACCAGACAUUAUGGAUAAAAUCAGGGAAGAACAAAACAAAACCCCUUGGAUAGCAUCUUACAAACAAGCUAUAGAACAGAAUGAGCCAAAUCCAUACACCCGCGACUACAUUCUGUUGAACGAAAUCCUGUAUAAGUUACCGGAAAAGAUGCCCUCAUCACUCAACAACGAUGAUUCAAAGCUCUCAGAGCGAAAGAGGUCGCACAGCUCCUCGUCCGAAGCAUCGCAGGAGGAUAAUGACCGCUCUCCAUCCCCCGCGUGGUCAAUCAGUUCGGUCAUGGAGAGGAGGGACAGGCUCACUACCCAGUGGAUCCGAAACCCAUCCCCACCUUUGUAG